CUACUAGCUAGCCUAAUACGUACGUUAGUUUCUAUAUACCACGUGAUACGGCUAAUAUUUCCUUCCUUCCUUCCGUUAGUUUCCGCUAUUCCGGACAUCAUGCCACCCAACUUCACCGUACCAUAAUCUAGGUAUGUUUUUCUUUCAAGCCACGAUUACUAGUAUGUACUUAGUACUAGAUUUGUCGGUCUGUCUUAUGAGACUACCUAGUAGUAGCAGUACUUGUAGUAGGUAGGAUAGUUUAGUUCAGUGUUGUGUAGUAAGAGUAGUACUUCAUGAUAGGAUAUAUCAUAUACUUGCGACGACCAUGUCAUAUCAUCCGGGUUUGAGGUGAUAUAAGUCUCGUUGAUAGAUCUACAGUAACACAAAAGAAGAACACUAAAAAGAAAGAAAUAAGGAAUUGGCGAAAGUAUACAACGGUAUUGGUUUCAAACGAUACACACACACACAACACAACUAAUAGUUCAUCCCGAUGAAAUCUUGUACAGAACCUGACACCCUAUCUCUAUCUCUCUCACUCUUUUGUGACUGUCUUGCCAGAACACACCCUGCCUCACGCAUGUACACAAUACAGAUUAUAUGUCGGAUUGUCUUUUCCUUUUGGUAUCUCGCUUCACUCCAAUUGUUUCUCUUUGCUCCGAAUCGAAGAAGUAGCACCUAAGUAGGGAAGUGGGAAAAAAAAGAAAAAGGACAAUCGCUCCAUUCAUUGUAGUAGUACAUUGUAUUUACCGGUACCAGUACUCAGGCUUGACGAAGUCGGCGAAGGUCUUGGGCUCCUCAUGGGGAGGGUGGCCGUGACCGUGGUCGUGGUCGUCUGGACAGAGAGCAAUUAGUACACCGCACACCGAAUGAUAGCCAUCAACUGGGGCUGAAUAGAAAGGGAAGUUACUUACGAGCGUGGGGGUCCUCCAAGGGG